UAUAAAAAGGUGACUUAAUUACCGUAAAGAUAAUGAUUUUCACAUCAUACUGCUUGUGUUUUUCAAAACUAAAGCCUCUGCGAUUCCAAAUUUUGUUUCUUGUUUUUUUCACUCUUCUCAAAGAAAAAACAAAAAAAAGGGAAAAUCUGCACGCUUGAUUAGAUUUUCUUCUUCUUCUUAACCAAAUUCCCAUUUCAUUUGCUUUCACAAAAGUUGAAACAAAAUCUCUCUUGCCAACUUGAGGGUACUUUCCAACGUCGUUACAGAGUCAGUUCAUUUGCACCAGAUAUCAGUUAAAGCACCAGUCCUUUUAACUAAGACAACUCUUUGUUCUGUUCUCUUCCUCUUUAAUAGUGUUUCUUUAAAGCCUUGUUUGUAAAUCACGACAUAUGUUUGAUUUUAAGAAUAGUCUAUUGGUGUUAGAAAAUCUUGGAAGUUUUUGACUUCUAAAGAAGGAUUUGGGCGUCCCUCUUUUCUUUUUUUUCUUUUCUCUUCCAAUCAGGUGGUUGAUCAAGAGUGCCCAUUUGAUACGCAAUUGUUGACGCUCUAUAGAGUCCUAAUUCCAUCUCUUCUUACUUUUGGCUCUUCCUUUAUUGUUUUUAUUAAUCUUUGCUUCACUUUCCCGAGAAAAUGAAGGACAUGACGGAAAAUCGAAAGUUGGAUUCGGCAUCUUCCUACGAUGGUUGUGGGUCAGAAGAGAAGACAUCCUCACAAAAAAUUUCAGUUUCGGAUCAUAUUAAUGGAUUUCAAUACACAAACUAUAAACCCGAUAGCUUUGUUAUUGACAUGGAAAGUUUCUCUCAUGGAGGAACCAGUAAAGAAAUAAAUCCAAAUUCAAGAAUCACUUUGCAGCGAAGCCUUUCACGCAAAGGGUCUCAGCGAGGCGACAAGAAGAUUAUUACUCCCAAUUGUGUUAAUUCUAAUUCUAGUUCCACUCUCGAUGAUAGAGAUUCUGUGGCCGCCACUAACCCCUCAUACAGAGGCAUGGAAUUAUUGAAUUGUGCAACUACUCUGCUAGGGUCUAGCACGCUUGAAAAGCCCACGGCGGUGGCUGUAGGGUCCACCGAUUAUGCCAGCAACCCACAAGUUCAUCAUCAGAUCACCAUUACAACUGGCAAUAUCGCUGCUGCCACUGACAGCAGAUUCAGUUUAAGGAGAAAUAGUUUCAGGCGGUCUCCUCCACCAUGGCUACUAGAUCCCAGGAGGAUUCUCAUGUUCUUUGCCACAUUGUCGAGCAUGGGCACAAUUUUGCUGAUAUAUUUCACUUUGUCAGUAAGCAAAAUGAAUGGAGAUGAGAAUGCUUUAGAUUAGUAGCUGGAACGAUACUCACCAACUUAUUGCUCUGAUUAAAAUAUGUUGAAAUAUAGCACACACAUGGGAGUUCAAUGCGUGACAAAAAGAAAUGGAUGCGAGUGGUUGUUAGUGAGGCUCUUUUUUACAAGAAAUGUCUUCUUUUGAUGAGAAAUUGAGAAUUAUCCAGGUAGUGAAGAACAAAAAGAAAGAUCAAAAGGAAGACAAAUUGGGCCAGAGGACGGCAAAAGCAAAUCAACCCUCCCAGUAAGAUGACUUAAAAUUUAGCAGUUAUCAACUUUUUGAGGCAUCUUAGAGAAAUUUUGGAGAUGAGGACAAAGGCAUACUCCACUGUGACAAAGAGAUGGAAUCUUCCCUUUUUAAUUAUAUAUAUAUAUAUAUAUAUAUAUAUAUAUGUAUGGAAGAGAUAAAAAAAAAAAAAGUUGAUAGAUUACAUUUUUAUGCAUUUUUAUGCUUUGUUGUUUAUCUCCACAGUCGAUGCAGAUGAAAUGGAGGAUCAGAAGUUACUUUUGUGCCCCAUCUUUUCUUUUUCCUUCGCCAUACCUUCUCUUCAGUUUCCUUUUCUGGCAAUCUAACAUCAAGUGCUUUUCGCUCGGUGGCUUUCACGUGAGCGAGCAAAGGAAAAAUCAUAGCUAUGAGAUUUACAGGGCACUAAAGUAUUUGUAUAUUUGCACAUAAGCAUGCGCACUCGAAGCUUCCUACUCUUUUCGGACCAAAGCGUGGGCUUCGGGUGAUAAAAGUGUUCUUUUCUAAAGGCUCGUAGGGUUGGUUAACACAGCACUCGAAUAGGCCUAACACCCACUCACGCAGUCAUACUUCAGUUGGAAGUUAACAAAGGUCUAAUUUGGAUGGUCAGUUGCCACCAGCGGAGCGCGGUUCUUCCCUAAAGGACUGGCCAUCCAUUUAGCCAUUUGCGUAACGACACUUGCAUGUUUUCACUGCACUAGAACAAUUUUUAUAUUGAACCUUAAACGUCCAGAGGAAAAACUAA